CAUAACCAAAACCCACUUUGAGAAAAUGGGGUCUCCUAUGGCCUCUCUUACUCUCACUCUUGUAUUGGCAAUAGUCUCUCUCACCUUGCCAUCUCAAACCUCAGCAGAUAAGUACGUCUAUUCAUCUCCACCACCACCACCUAAACCCUACUACUACCACUCUCCUCCACCACCAGUGCACUCACCUCCACCUCCUUACUAUUACCACUCUCCACCACCACCACAUAAGAAGCCCUACAAGUACCCUUCACCUCCACCACCAGUCUACAAAUACAAGUCCCCACCCCCACCUUACAAGUACCCUUCUCCUCCUCCACCCCAUAAGAAACCCUACAAAUACCCAUCACCACCACCACCAGUUUACAAAUACAAGUCUCCACCACCACCCUACAAGUACCCUUCUCCUCCACCACCACCAUACAAAUACCCAUCACCUCCUCCUCCAUACAAGUACCCAUCACCUCCUCCCCCACCAUACAAGUACCCAUCUCCACCACCACCAGUGUACAAGUACAAGUCACCCCCACCUCCAUACAAAUACCCUUCUCCUCCACCACCACCUAAGAAACCAUACAAGUAUCCAUCUCCUCCUCCACCACACUAUGUCUAUGCAUCACCGCCUCCCCCUUACCACUACUAGAUACUAUAGCACCCAUGGAUCUGAAGAACAAGUGCAAAUAAAGGAGAUGGAUUGAUUAUGGAAGAAGCACCAUACAGUUUAUACAGUGAAGAGUGGAAUGCUUUUUGUGAAAGUAGUGUUAAUUUGGUUUUACUUUAUUUUGUAUUUUGUAUUUUAUGUAUUCAAAGUUUAAGGCACUGUUUAGAUCUGAUCCAUGUGUACUCGUUGUCCUGCGUGCAUUGUGGUUUUCUAACUGCUGAGAAUGCAGGGUUUGUAAUGCCAAUUUAUACUUUAUAAUAAAUAAAUUAAAUACCCUGAAUUUUCCA